AUGGAUGGGCUUGAAGUCGCCCCAAGGCAGGACCACACACGAGGGCAUUAUAGCCAGCUUCAAGUUGCCAUUGAGGCAGAAAAAGAAGCCAACAACCAUGCUGGAGAUACAUACUACGUAUCCGGACCAAUAAAAGCGGGCCCAGUCACACUCGAAGAUGGUUCGCCUAGAGCUGGUUCUUCGAGCGACUCUAAAAGAAUAUGCGGAAUGAGGCUCUCAGUGCUCUGGUUGCUGUUAGUUAUCGCGGUUUUGGUGAUAGGUGGUGCAGUGGGCGGUGGAGUAGGAGGAUCACUGGCUAACAGAAAUUCAAACAACUCCGCCUCUACUACCGCUGCCUCCACAACACCUGGCAACUCUGCAUCCUCCAUUCCACAGUCCUCUACUACCACUGCCUCCACAACUGCGUCAACAACAUCAUCUGCCCCCGUUACAUCAGGCACAACAGGGGUGGCUGCGAAUCCAUGCCCCGGGCGGAACCUAACUACAAUUACCGGCUCAGACGGAUCGAUAUUCACUUUACUAUGCGCCGUUGACUGGCCGAAGGGCGUUGACUCAUCAUCCGGCAAUGGAACAGUCAGCGAUCUAGGUUUUCCAUCAACAGAGUAUAGUUUGAAAUCCUGCAUUUCUCAAUGUGUGAAGUGGAACGAAGCGGAUUCAGACGAGCAAUGCAAGGGGAUUUCCUAUUCUGCGAAUCUGACGGCUGCGUUUGAUGGAGGUCAGGAAGGAAACUGCUUUUUGAAAAGUAGUGUUGGGGUGUAUUUCCCUAAUUCGGAAACAGGUAUGUCCGCGGGGCUCCUGGGCGGUUGA